UCCUAUUUGGUAAGGGGAAAAUGCUGGAAUGUUUCUGACUUCGUGAGGAUCAUCGGAGGCGGCCGGAGAUCCACUGAUGGAGAAGACGAAAGUGCUGAUUUUGGGAGGUACUGGGUACUUGGGUCAGCAUCUUCUUCAAGCUUUCGCCGUAACCAAUGGCGGGAGCCAAUACGACGUCGCUUUCGCUCACCAUUCUUCUCCGCCUCCCCGCCUCUUGCUCGACUCCUUCCCUCGCUUUCCCGCGUUUCCCGUGGAUCUGAAGUCCGGGCAAGGCCUCGAUUCCAUUUCCCACAACUUCGGUCAGCCUCAUGUUGUGGUGAAUUGCUCUGCUCUGUCUGUGCCCCGUGUUUGUGAGCAAGAUCCAGAUGCUGCCAUGUCCAUUAACGUGCCUUCAUCUCUUGUAAACUGGUUAUUAACAUUCGACAAGGACAAGACGUUGUUGAUUCAUCUCUCUACUGAUCAAGUUUACGAAGGAGUGAAGUCUUUCUACAAGGAAGAGGACGAGACUGUUCCUGUGAAUGUUUACGGGAAAUCAAAAGUUGCAGCAGAGAAGCUCAUCAAAGAUAAAUACCCAAACUUUGCUAUACUGAGAAGCAGUAUCAUCUUCGGCCCCCAAACUGUAUCUCCAGUCCCCAAGACUCUCCCUAUUCAGUGGAUCGACAGUGUCUUACAGAAGGGGGACAAGGUGGAAUUUUUUCACGACGAGUUUCGUUGCCCCAUUUAUGUAAAGGAUCUUGUGGCUAUCAUGCUGAAGUUGACAGACAUGUGGCUCUCAGAUGGUGGACCGAUGCAGUUAGUUUUGAACGCUGGUGGUCCCGACAGGCUAUCCAGAGUUCAGAUGGCUGAAGCUAUCGCAGAAGUCAGGGGUCACGAUUCAUCCUUGAUCAAACCCGUUUCUGCGACUUCAGUUGAUCGAGGUGUAGUUUCGCCGGCAGAUAUAUCAAUGGACGUAACCAAACUGAUUCAGACCCUUCAGAUCUCUCCUACUUCUUUCAGAGAAGGUGUUAGGCUAACGCUCCAAUCUGAAUCUCUCAGAUGAUGUUCCUCAUCUGUGUUAUUUACUGCCUUUUUGCUUGGCGUGGGCUGUUUAUGAACAAAGUCCCCAUUUUUUGGGCAGUCAGGUGUUUGCAAAAUAACAUUUCAUUCAUGUAAUUCAAAUACACACCGGUUCACCACAA